AAAUAAUUCUUCUUUUUCUGUUAUUCGAAAAACAGUUAUGAGAUUUCAUGUAAAUAUAUCUUUUAUGAAUGUAAGUCCCAGGGAUUUUUUAACUGUAUACACUCUCUUUUGUACCUUUCAAUUAAAAAUCUCUACAAAAACCUCUAAAGAAUUUUACAAUAAGUAUUAAAAGAUAGUUUUUCAUAGGUUUUUUUUCCCCUAGAUAGCAAGACAUAAUUAGUUCUCGUGAUUUGAUGCCUUUUUUUAAUUAAUUCCUAUUUUCUUAGCUGGGUUAAGAGAAUAUAAAAUUCAAAAAAAUAUUUUAUCUUUAUCCUCUUAUAAUUUUAUAAAGAAAGAAAAUUAAACAAUUGUGCUCGUAUAUCGGAUAUGCUUUGUUUAGGCAUUUAUUUACUAAUAAAAUAGUUUUCCUCUGUUUAUCGGCAUUUCCUCGACAUUUCAAUGAGACAUAUAAAUCGACUCUCUAGCUUUAUCUUUUUAUACAAUGUAUAACUUUGUAAAAACCGGAAAGGACUUUAUGAUAAAAAGAGAAGAUAAGAUAUAAGGUUGAAAAUUUUCCCAUCGCAAAUAUUUAUUCGUUUCUUUACAUCUCUAAAGGCGUCAAUGGAUAAUAUAUGAGAAAUAUUCUCAUGGUUCAAUCUAUUGAUCUUUUUCUUGAUGAGCCAUUAAGAAAUUUAACUAAACGUUGAAUAUAGCUAUUUGGUUUAGUUUCUUUUGCUUUGUCUUCUGAUUAAUUGAUAUCAGGACUGAAUUUAAAGUUGGCGAAUAUUCAGUCGUCCCAGGCACUGUUUGCACUUUUCAAUAAAAAACAAAAAUAAGGCUCUCCUCUAGAUAAAAAAGAGAUCAAUAAUAAUCUAAUACACCCUUUAAUCCGCUUUUUGAAAGAACUUUUCUCCUUUCAGCAUGCCACGUUAGAUAGUCUUGGAGAAGGAGUUAGAAGGAUGAUGUUUAACAAACCACCAAGACCACCCAGGAUGGAAGAUUGUGCCAAUUGUGGUCGUCCUAAGUCCUCUGAAGGAAGAAGUUCUGCUUUGGAGCAAUUAGAAAGGAAAUUAGGAUCUGUUGAAUACGAAUUACGACAACACAAGCUUGAAACAAAUCGACAGUUAAUGGCUAAACAGCACGAAUUAGAUGAAACAAUAGAGAACCUAAGACUUUGUAAAUCUAAUGCAGACGAUUGGAGAAUAAGAUUUGAGCAGAGUCAAAAAUCAUUAGAUGAAACAAGACAAAAGGAAAUAACUUUACAAAGAUAUUUAGAACAUUUACCUACGUCAGAGACUAAUGAACAAAAUCGAUUAGAACUUCGUCAUUUAAGGUCAGAAAACGAGAGAUUAAGAGAUAGAGUUGGUAGAUACCAAGAGGAAGCAGGAAUGUUAAAUCAAGAGUUAAAUGAUAAGGGAAAGUGCUUGAACUCCUCUAAACUUAGGGAAGAAAUGCUAAGCGAGGAGCUGCGUAAGUGCCAAAAUGAACUUGAAAAAUUUGCCGACUCAAACACGGCAAUAAAACUACAAAGAGAGUUAAACUCCACCCUCGCUGAUAAACAGCAGCUUCAGUCCGAUUUGGAUAACGCUUAUAAAGUACACGAGUUGUUAAAAAAGAGACUUAAAAUGGCAGAAGACAAAGCCAGAAAUGAAAGUGUAAUAAACUUCGAAAAAAGUUCUAGGGAAGAAGAGACUAUUGCUGCCCUGAGAAGAGAUUUAAACGACAAAGAUGAUAUGAUUGGUAACUUACAUAUGAAUAUUAAAGAGUUAAGCAGUCAGCGUGAGAGUGUUCUUAAGCAAAAUGUUGUAAUGGAAAACAGGAUUCACGAACUCGAAGCAUUAAAUACAAAAGAAAUGUCCAAACUUAUUACAUCAUUACUUGUUCAAAUGACAGCAUGUUCUGACGAGAUAAAAGCCAUUGUUAAAUUCUGCCAACAAAGGGCUCUCCGAAAAGAGCCAGAUUUAUCAUUAAUGCUUGCAGCUAGAAGUUCUUCUCCGGAGGGUACUUUGAAGGAAAAUAUCUCUAUAAAAGUACUUGAAGAUAGGUUACAAGAUAUCAGGGCUCUAAGAAGGGAAAUUGAUGACUUGAAAGACGUUAUUUGUACACAGUACGCCGAAGAAAUGGGUGAUAACAUGGUCUGUAAUCAGCAAUAAAACCUCAUUAGGAUUUUUUUCAGGGAAUAAUCUGAAAGGGAAUUGUAACUUUCUCUUUGGUGAGAUGUUUAAAUCAGGUGAUGAAACACCAAAGCUGUUACAUAGUUUAAAAUAUUUCACAUAUCACAAAUAUAUCACCAUUUAUAUAAAUAACUACAAUCAACAAAGAACAAUUUUAAGUUUUAUAAAAAAUAUUUCAUUCCAUUGUUAUAUUAUAUUUUUUAAUUUAUUCAAAAAUCUUUUCCUUAAAUAUAACCAAAUUUAUUUCAAGAAUUGAAUAUUCAAUUUUUUAGACGCCAUCUGCUGGUAUAGGAGAUUUAUGAGGUUAUAUAUAUAUAUAUAUAUAUAUAUAUAUA